GUGAUUUGCAUAGAGAUCAGGAAGUUUUGCUCUGAGAGAGUUUCCGCUCCAGUUUGAAUCUAAACUUCUAAAAUGAACCCUCUUCUUCUCCGACGGUCUCUAUUUCUGCUGCUGUGUGUGUCCGGGUCCUGGUCUCUCAGGGUCUCAUCGUGGCCUCCAGCAAACUGCUCCCGACAGGGUUUGCCGUGCUCGGCCUCUCACAAUAACUGUAUGGACAGCAGCUGGAUGGAUGUGAACGUCUACACUCCGAGCGCUCCGGAGGAUCUGAAAGUCUCAGUGUUAGAGAGCAGAGAUGAUGAAGGUCAGCUGCAGCCUCUGCUGCUCGCAGAGUGGAAGAUCAAAGACGACGGAAGUAUUCAUGCUCUGAAGGCCACAGAGCUACACGUCCUGGUGAUGUCGACCAACGAGAACAGCUGCGUUCGAUUCUCUGUGAAUAAAACUCUGCCCAUGAGGAGUCUAUCAGGAGAACAGUGGUCGUUCUUUGCGGACAUGCUAGUCCUGGACCCCGGUGAGACCUACAUAGUGUCCGUCUUUAACAUCCCCAAACCGGAGCUAAAGCACAGCAGUUACAGCGUCAGCGCUGAACUCAGGGUCCCAGGUUGUGAGGACCCCAGGAUGAGGAUGACCCAGUUCUGCAUGGAAAGAGGGAGUCUGUGGCAGCCCGGCCUCAGCGUGUCUCAGGUCAGAGGGGGGUCAGGGCUGACCGUCAGCUUCAGGCCUCACUCUCUCUGUGACGAGUACAUCAUCAUCGCCCUUUGCUCCAGGACCAGGCGUGCAAAGACAGCAUACAAGACUAACCAGAAGACCUUGAAUGUCACAUUUAGCCUGGAUGAAUGGCCGUCGUCGUGCUGCCAGUUUGACGCAGAGAUCAAACCUCUGUUCCCGAGUUGUGGUUCCGACUGCGCCCGUACAAAAACCACCGUGAAUAUCUGUCCCAAUAAAACAGUUCUUUCAGAAAACACAGCAGACGCCCCGCUCGUCCCUCCGUACACAUUCGUCUCAUGUGGACUGGUGUUCAUGUGUGUGGUGGCCGUGGCUGUUGGGUGGGUCCUCUGCAGAAAGACAGGCAAAGCGGAUUACGCCCCGGCACCAGCACAGAAGCUCCUGCUCCCCAAACAGCCCCCCAAAGUUCUGGUCAUCUACUCCCAGGAUCACCGCCUCUACAGAGACGUGGUCCUGAAGCUCUGCGCCUUCCUCCAGGCCAAGUGUGGCACCAAGGUGCUGGUGGACCUCCUGGACACAACCACGGUCGGGAUGGUGGGUCGAAUGUGUUGGCUGGAGUGGCAGAGACAGCAGCUGAAAAACCCCUCCGACAAAAUCCUGGUUCUGUGCUCACGGGGCGUCCAGGCUAAGUGGAGAGCCGUGUGCGGCCAGGGCCGCGUGGUUCUGAGGGAGGACGUCCUGUCCCCCAAUGACGACAUGCUCACACCUUUCCUCAACCUCUCGCUCCCCGACAUGCACCAGGCUGGCAUGCUGGGGAAGUACAUGGUGGCUUACUUUGAUGACAUCAGCGGUGAGGAGGACGUGCCGUCCGUCUUUGACAUCGCAGUGAAAUACAAACUCAUGAAGCACUUCGAAGAACUCUUCUUCCGGAUCCUGGACGUGGAGAAGUAUCAGCCCGGUCAGGUCCGACACAUCGAGGGAAUCAGCGGGGACGAGUACUUCAAUUGCCCCUCAGGCCGCGCUCUGAAGGACGCCAUCGAGACCUUCCAGGCCUUCCAGCUGGGCAGCCCGGACUGGUUUGAGAAGGAGUGCCUGAACGGGGAGGAGGAUGUGACGGACGAGUCCAAGCAGCUGAUCGCUCACAUGCAGAUUCCUCCGGUCCUGGAGUGUGUCCCUCUGAUCAAACGAGGACCACCAGUCCACGUCCAUGAUGUAGAGACCCAGCAAGGAGUACACAGCGUCCACGUCAUCACACCAGAACUGAACCCAGAACGCCAGCUGGCCUCAGUGGUAGAAAUAGCUCCAGUCCUGAACCAGGAGACCAACCAGUCUCCAUCCAGUCUGGCUGAGGUGCUAACGGAUCACCUGAGUCCUCACAGUCCCCGUCACAAGCCAGUCCUCCUAGCUGAGCCUGUUUUUAACAUGCCUCCCAGACCAGACUGGGCCUCGCUGCAGGGAGAACCCUCGGCUCAGACCCCCACAGAGGAUGACGAAGAGGACUCCCUCCCCCCUAUGAGCUCACACCCAGACCACGAAGACCAGAUUCUUCAGAGCUCUUGGGACUCAGAUCUUCCAGAGUCCUCUCAUGCCAGCAGACAGAGCUGUCAUGCAGCUCCAACUGAGGACAGCCUCUCUCAGCCAGUGGAGCUGGACCAGGUUCUGGAUUCCAGUGGAAAGGGUCAGAGCAGUGGAUCAGAUCAGGGCUACAUCUCCAAAAUGUCCUCCCAGGAAGAACCGGCCCCCGUCAAAGACCCUCUGGCGGCUCUGAGGAGGCUGCAGGAGGAGAUGCUUCAGGACCACCUCCAGUACUUUGAGGAGCCUGAAGAAAACUGACACACCCAGACCAAGUCUAGACUCUCAGGGACCAAAGCCACCUACAUGGACUCAGUGCGUGUGUGGAGAAGUAAGGAACAGUGAAACUGAUCAGGGAGGUGGAGACAGAUGAACAUGAACAUGAUGUAAAUAUUCUCUUGUGUGUUUUUAAAUCGUUUCUUUUUAAACGUUCUGCUGGAGGCAUGAUGGACUCUGAGAUGGACUCUAAAGAUCUGGACCAUGACAGAAAAGAUGCUGGUGUUGUUGGAUGAAGAAAUAAAGGACGGUGAGCUCUCUGCUGGAGUUUCUUUAAAGAGACGCUCAGGGAUUUUCUCUGCUAAUGUUAGUUUGCUGAAUCAGUGAACAUCAUGGGGGUUUCAUCGUGUGCCUUUCAUAUUCAGAGUAAAUAACCAUGUUAUGGGUUUGGACCAAUCCGAAUCAACUAUGUAACACAGCUGCGUGAUAUUCUGCUUUAACUACAUGUAACAUUUUCAUCAGGUGUGUGUCUCAGGUGUGUUUCUCUGUGAAGUCUCUCAGUUAUUAAAGACCAUGAAUCAC